AUGAAUAUUUACGAUUGGAACUUAAUAAUGUAAUUCCUUUCAUUAAUUCAACCUAUAUUGAUAAUAUGUAUCUUCUCCUUGUUUUGGAGUCUUAUUUAUUAAAUUAUAAGAGAUGUGAUCAAGUUAAAAGACUUUAUCUUGGUAAUGUAAGUAGAUAAUUCAAUGUUCAACAAUAUGGAGUUUAAAGAUUAAUUAUAUAUGAUUCUUCUGCUAUUAACCUUGUAAUUUUGA